AUGGGGUUUCAGGAAAAGUUUGAGGUGUUCGAGGCAAAACUCGCAGCCGUGAUCGAUCUUCUGAAGUCAGGAAAGCUGUGGUCGCCCGAUCACGGCCUUGCCCUAUCCCUGGUAGAUCAGCUCGGCCUAGAUGAACUCUGGCAAAGCCUCACGGAACUCAAAAAUGAAUCUCACGACAAGAUGAAGCGCCGCGACCGGGGCCGGGAGCAACAUGUGACACAAAAGAGCAGUAUCACCGAAAGCAGGACGCAGGGAAAUAAAGCCGUAGGCGUCGACGAUCACCCCUCGUCAGCCACAUCUAGAGGAAUGGCGGCUCAAAGGAUGGAAGUCGCCGAUCCAGAGCUUUGUGGCAUGAAAGAUCAACCUUUUCCAAUGGACAUCGCACACGGUAUAACGCACGCAGCCGCCCAUCAUCGCACUACAUCAGGUGCUACAACUGUGACGGGAAUGCCGACUUCGCCCCAUCUAGCACCGCCAAGUCUCACGCUAUCUACCGCACAAAUGGGAGAUCUGAUGGUAGGAAAUGUCGGGGCGUACAUCGAAUGUCCUGGAUUCUCUGGGAAAAUUAGCCUUUCCGGUCUUGAGCGAACUGACCUCGGUGCCGUCUCGAGGAUGGUCAAAGAUCCGAUCAAGCACGGCAUCAAUCAUUCUCAUCUCGGUGUCCGACUCUGUUCUGACAGGAAGACUGGCGCCUCAAAACUCUUCUCGUCAGUAGAUGCGCCCUUUAGGUUCCCGUACUUCUCAGAGCACCCAGCCGAGGCGAGUUGCAACUAUCUCAAUAACACAAUCUCCUCACCUCCUCUGACGCCUCUGACGUACUACGUCGGGUCCCCACUUGCCCCCGCAAGUUUCAACGAUCUGCUUCACCCGGGCCAUCUUCUCACUCUAGGCAAUAUACCGGGCGUGAAUACGAUAUACUGGCAUGCUGGCGAGGCGGGCUCCGAUGUCAUCUUCACACCGGAGAGACUUAAGAAAGAAGGCAUCGCAUUCGACGUGAUUCGUGCUGGCCCCGGAGAUUUGGUGUGUACCGCGCCUGGGCAGUACCAUGCAGUUCUGAACUCGACUAUCUGUUUCGCGAUAGCCAUCAACUUCGUCCUUCCAGGCGAGCCAGUCCUUAACCCAACCACAGCUUGUCGCAAAUGCGGCCUGUUCAACCUCCAGAAUGUCUUGAUUAAACAUCCUGACAAACGGAAAGCGCCAACUCCCGGGCACCGAAAGCCUAUUGAGCUGCCGACUGCGCGGGCGAGCUCAAACCACACCUCCCACAACCGUCCCCAGAAGAGGCAGAAGCCCGCCUGCAAAUCAGUACACGCAAGCGUCAAGCGCAACCCCCGGCGGGCAGGUGGCGCUAUCUUGGCCUCUGAAAACAUUUCAGACACCACAGACCUGGACUGGCAGCCGAUGGAGAAUGCGUCAGCAGCAGAGUGGCAGGACUAUAUCGUCUCGCACGACCCAUUUUGCAAAACCUUCGGGGUUACUGUGACCGAUACACUUGUCUUGCGUAUCCUACUGGCUGUGUGUGGCCGCUCAGGCAUCAAAGCACUUGUUGAUGUAGUCCAUUGCUGGAGGAAUCAGGAGUUGACGGAGAUCGAUCUGCUGCGCAACAUGAGAGGCUCCGGACAGUACAAAGAUAUCGCGGGCUUCCUCACCCAACUCAGUGUGAGAGGUUCCCUACGGCAGAUACUGGAAUUGUACGCCAAGGUCGAGUUUUCAAAGAUAGUGAGCAAGGCUUUCGGUGAUCAGGGCCGGCUGCACGUAUCUGAUUGGGUCAAGGUACAUAACCAGAUGGGCCUGGUAGGCAAACCGGAUGAAUCAGCACAGAGGUCCUACAGGGCAUGGAGGAAAGACGGCCGCCGGCUCAGCCAACUUCCGUACGGGCUGCUCUGUCUUCUGCCUUCAGAACCAGCGUAUCCAUCCCUCAUCAAGCUAGCAGAUCUUGUCGUGCUUGACGAAGUUUCUGCCGCAUCUCUGCGUUGUCUUCUUGAAUCUGACCCUUACAGCAGGCACCUACUCGAUGUUGGGCAGAAGCUCAUGGAUGCAAUAUGGGAUGGCCGAGAUAUCCCCGAAUGUAAGUGGGAAGGCGCAACAUCCGCCAGCAUCUGUGAAAGCGAACCGGAGCAGGCUCUGGACCGAAUAGCGCUCUUCGACUUGGCAGAAUGCACAUACGACCCGGUCAAAUUCGUCAACACGCCGGCACCAGAUGGCUGGCACAGGGAGUGGCCCAUCAACCCAAUGAUAGGAGAUGGUUGUUGGGAAUGCACAAAGGGCAAGGCAUUUACGUGCAAGGCCCUAUCGGGAAGGUCGCGUUCAGGAGGCACGACAUACUUGGGGAGGGACCCUUCCGCCUACCUUGAGGGACGGCUGAUUUCUGGCAUUUACCGCAUACUGGCCAGAGCGACGCGAGACCUCAUUAGCGGAGAUGAAGUGACGACUGGACUGUCCGACUCCUCCAUCAUGUACAUUCAGAAGGGUGACAAUAUUUCCAAUCUGCCGGACGUGGGCCGUGCUCGAACUGCCAAGAAGAAAGUCGCCAUCGAACUUCUGCCAUCCAGCAAGUAUGGAGACUCCGGCAACCACGGGGCGCGGGUGGACGCGAGAACCAAGCUCGGUGCUGGGUGA